GUUAAUGAAGUGCUAAAUUUAACGUGUGAAGAACGUAUUGUGGUUGAAUUUGAUUACCUGGAUGAACCAUUUGGAAAUGCACGCAACGUUCUUUCACGCUUUUGUGGAAUUUUGGCGUGUGACUGCUCUUUAUUUCCAAUCAACUUUGAGAAGUGGUCGAGUUUACCUAUAUCAUACUUCAACCGCGUCUUCGAUCAAAUUAUAAGGGUAUAAGCUCUAUAUUCUUACAACUAUAUCACUGUUUCUUUUUUGGUGAGAAUGAUGACAAUAUCAAAUUAUAAAGGUGUAUGCUAACUAGUGUUUUAUUCUUGAAGCCCAAGUUCUUCUUUAGGACAACCGAGUCAGUUGCAAUGGGACAUGUCUAUAAAUCUAUUGGAAAGAAGUGGGCUGCAAAUAAGCUUAACUUGUGGAAGAUACACGAAGACCUACUUAAAAGUAAAACUCGGAUUAUUGAAAAUGUGCCGGAUGGGAUUCCGCGGGAUCAAUGGAUAUCUUUUGUUGAUUACCAAUAUAAAGAAUCAACAAAGGUACUUAUGUAACUGCUUCUACUAGUCUUUGUAAUUAUAUGAAUAUUUAUUUUUCUAAUUGAGUUUCAAGUAUAUUUUUAUAAGGCAAUGCGUAUACGAAAUGCUGAAAAUCGAAAGAAGCAGACUAUUCCACACACAGGUGGCUCCAAAGCCAAUGCUACGAGAAGAGCUGAAAUGAUGGCUCAGACUGGACAAAGGCCUGGACGAGCACAAAUAUACCUUGCUACUCAUAAGAAUCAAGAUGGAGUAUAUGUUAAUGAAGCAGCAAAAGAUAUAUGCGAAAAAAUUGAGUUAGCUUUAAGCCAAAGCACCAUGGACGAGUCUCAAAUUUCGCGAAAUGAUGCCGUCGGCAAGGUGCUAGGAGAAGAGCACUCUGGAAGGGUGAGGUGCUUGGGAUUAGGACUUUCGUCCCGAGAGUUUUUAAACAAGUAAGACCUCGUUUUGGUGGUACAAGUGCUUCAAGUAGUGAAGGUUCAUGCUCGUCCCAAUGUCAAUAGAACUAUAAGAAAAUGAUGAAUGCUCAUGAUCAAAUGAUGAAUGCUUUCAAGGCAUAUAUGAUAAUGAAAGAAGGGACGAUACCAGAACAGUUUGCGGGGUUCUUUGCUUAUCCUUCGGCGGUUCCUCCUACAACGCCAAGUGAUGCGGCUAGUGAAUCCCUUUUGCCCAUGGAUGCAAGAAGAUCAUGCGGUGAUAGUAAUCCUAGUGAAAACCGUUGAUUUCAUUGUAAUUGUGUGGUAGGAACAGAUGUUAGAACGUUGAAGUGUGUAUUGUGUUUAAAUUUAGUUUUUGAGUCUGAU